AAGGUGAAGAUCUGUUUACAAAAUACGAAUUUAGGUUAAUUUUUAAAGUUUUGAAUAUAAAAUCAAAAUGUUCAAGAGAAUUAAAUAUAACUCAUGUUAUUUCAUGUACACAAAAUACUCUACACGAGUAGAAAUAGACGCAAGCCUACGUGACAGUUUCGAGUCGCAAGAAUAUAAACCGAGGAGGCAUCCUGGCAGAACCACAGUAAAGACAGCCACAAUCCCUGAACAGAUUCAAAACGCUAUAAAGAUAAUACUACACGACACCGGAGCCAAGUCAUUACAUCAGGAGAGUCUUAAGCUCAGGAAUUACAUACAAUCCCGACAACUACCGCCCGAGGAGGGCGAAAUCGAGGAGAAAGCUGCCAAAAUUCACAACUCUGUGUCGAGGAGGUAUUUCUCCAAAAUCAAGACGGAGUUGACUCAAGAAGAACUCGAGACCCACAACAAACAGGUACAAAGCUCAGUAUUCAACAUUUUAAAGAAAAAUGUGUACAGAUGGGGCAACAUCAUGUACGACCAGCCCACCAGUCUGCAGUAUCUGAUGGUUCGAGCCGCGCCCGAGUACGCAGUCCUCCUGAGAAUACUCGACGAAAUCAAAAGGAGGCUACCCGACUAUAAGCCGAGAAGUUUCUUCGACUUCGGCUCCGGCAUUGGAACGGGAACUUGGGCCGUAAAUAGUAUGUGGCCAAAGGAGAUUUACGAGUAUUUUACAGUGGACACUUCCACGCAUAUGAAUGACCUGGCUCGGCUGAUACUGUGUCAGGGGAGAGACAAUGUUGAGAUGCCAUUCAAAGCAUACUUUCAGAGACAGUUCCUUCCGGCCUCAGCGGAUAUAACAUACAGCAUUGUUUUAUCUGCUUUCACAUUAUUUGAAAUGCCUAAUAUGAAAAGCAGGCUAGAAACUAUACAAAAGCUUUGGAACAAAACAGAAGACUUUUUAAUCAUAGUAGAGGAGGGAAGUAAUGCCGGGUUCCAAAUAGUCAAUGAGGCGAGAGAAUUCGUCAUCAAUUCUGAACAAGGAGAUAAAGGUUAUGCGUUUGCUCCGUGUCCAAAUGAUGCAGUGUGUCCUCGUUACCUCGAGCAUAAAACACCCUGCAAUUUUCUGAUGAAGUUUGAGACCUUAAAUUUUCCUUCUAAAACAGAGGUGCAGGCUAAUUUAUUUUCGUAUGUCAUUUUAAGGAAAGGUGACCGACCAACAGAUGAUCCACAGUGGCCCAGAAUAGUACGAGCACCGAUUGUUAGGUCGGGCCACACAAUAUGUAGACUGUGCACAGCUCAGGGGGAGUUGAAGGAAAUUAUAUUCUCGAAAGGAAAACACGAUCAGACCACGUACCGGUGCGCUCGCUCUAGCAAUUGGGGAGACUUGUUACCAGUUAAAUAAAAUUCUAUCC